AUGGUACCAGGUGCAUUCCGGCUGCGUACAGAUGUGAAUCGACGACAACGACAUGCUAAUAGGUGUCUGUUUCAGGUUGCUGUGAAGGGCUUCAGAUUUCAGGUUAACAAGAAGACCUCGAAGGUUUGCCAGAGCAUUGAUCAUCCAUACCUACGCCCUGAUUGUUGUGUGUUACAGAGACUGAGGAGAGAAAUGGGCAUUUGGAGAAGACUAUAUCACCCGAAUGUCAUGGAAUUCAUGGGCUAUGCUUUCGGCUUUGGUGUUUCGAUAGCCCUUGUUGCCCCUUGGGCUGCAAAUGGGACUCUGACCGAUUGCUUGGAGAAAAGUUGGUCAAUCAUCACUAUUGCUGAUCAACUCAGUUUGUUGGACGAUAUUGUCUCUGGUCUCACUUACUUACAUUCUUAUCCUAAUAAUCCCGUGACCCACGGAGAUCUCACUGGGUCUAAUGUUCUUAUCCUUGCGGACAUGACUGCAUGCAUCGCUGAUUUUGGACUAUCAAGCAUGCUCGGCGACCUGCAAACCGGUUCGACUUACCUCGCAGCUACCGCUAUGUAUCCAGGCGCAGUACGAUGGACAGCCCCCGAGCUUCUCCUAUCAGAUGACGUACAGCCAACGACGCUCAGCGACAUCUACUCUCUCGGCAGUAUCAUGCUCCAAGUCCUAUCAGGCAAAGUACCUUGGCACGAGAUCAAACGGGAAGUGAUUAUCAUACGGGAGAUCCAACAAGGAAACACCCCUCGCUGUCCGUCCCACACGCCCCUCGUCGGUGAACUAUGGCCGUUUAUCCGUGAGUGCUGGUCGUUAUCACCAGCCUUACGACCCACAGCUGGCACCGCCCUCGAAUUCAUCCGACACAUCCGAAUUAAAUUACUCCCAGUCCCUGUAGGUGGCCGCGACGCAUCCAGUUCUGCCGCUGCGCACCCUGCAAGUAGUGCCGGACCAUCAAAAAAGCCACGCUUGAAAAUAAUUAUUUAG